AUGGUAUCCAUCACAAGUAAUUUGAUUACUUUAGCAGCUAUAUUGGCCUACAUAGAAACAGCUAUUGCUGUUAAGGCAUAUGAUAAAAUUUCUUUCACAAAUGUUGGUUUUGCUGGUACUUAUUUCCCAGUGAAAAAAUUAGAACAUAUUACAGAUGAAAAAAAAUGUACUUGUGAAGUCGCAGAAGCUAAAUGGUUUUCAGGUAUUAAUGCACCAUUAUCUGAAUAUUUAUCUGUUCAUUUCCGUGGUCCAUUAACUUUAAAUAAAUUUGCCUUUUAUUCUUCACCAUCUUUCGUAAUUAACAACAAUAGAACUUCUUCUGAUUGGACUCGUGGUGCUUAUUACGAUGCUGAUAGCAAAUCUACUGAAAACGUCACUUUCUUAACUAAAGCUGGUGAAAAUUCUCCAUGUUUAGGUAAAGCUUUAGCCUAUGCUGGUUCAGAUGGGUUAACAAAGGCUAGUGAAGCUACUGUUUUAGCUAAGAAUGCCUUAAUUUCUUCAGGUAAAGAAUAUACUAUUUAUUCUAAUGUGUCAUGUCCUUCCUCAGGUGUUUCUAAUGGUUGUGGUGUUUACCGUAAGGGUAUUCCAGCUUUCUAUGGGUUCGGUGGUAUUACCAAGAUGUUUUUAUUCGAAUUUGAAAUGCCAACUGAGACUGAAAAAAAUUCUACUUCUAUUGAAUAUUUUGAUAUGCCUGCUAUUUGGUUAUUGAAUGAUCAUAUCGCUAGAACCUCUCAAUAUCCAACUAAUGCUAAUUGUUCAUGUUGGGCUUCUGGUUGUGGUGAAUUCGAUAUUUUUGAAGUUAUGAAUGGUACUGAAAGAAACAACUUAUAUUCUACUUUCCACACUUUCCAAGGUAUUGAAGAUUUAGGUACUGGUAUUCAAAGUUACGGUUAUAUCCCAAGAGACACUAAUGGUGUUAUGAGAGGUGGCGUCAUUUUCGAUUCUAACGGUGAUACCAUCACUUUCUUGUCCAACGAUACUACUUUUGAUUCUACUUAUUCUGCUGGUGAUGUCUCUAAAUUGCUUAGUGAUAUCAGUAAAGAAGAUACUUAUUCUUCUCAAUUGAUGACCAUUUCAAGAACUGCUCCUUCUACCACUUCUAAAAACUUGGCUGUUUCUUUCAAAUUCUUGCCAAGUGGAAUUUGGUAUUAUUUGUUUUCUUGUGCUACUGCUUUGGUUCAAGCUAUAUUUAUUUAA